UGGAGCCGUCGUGCUAAUUUCACACACUUGAAAGAUCUCUCGUUAUCGACCUUCCUUGACCAAAGCCCAUCUUUCGUCGUCUCAAACUUCUGCGGUGUCCGCAUCUCUAGGUGGGACCUCUUUCUCGCCCCGUGGCCACCUGUAGCAUCUCCGAAGACACCUUGGAAGCCGGUGAUACAUCACCUACACCAGUGAUCGUCUCUUCUUCACUUACACCGGUGAUCGUCUCUUCUUCAAUGUGCCCCGAGAAGAACCGAGACCUGUUUUCGAAGGGUUUAAGGGUCACUUUGUGAAUUCCAGGCCGUGUCUAUACCCGUACGGAGGUCUCUGGAUUUAUCCUCUUGUCUCUGUCCCAAGGAGUAGCUUCUGGGCUGCAGAGUCCUUUUAUUCUGUAGCCAUGAGCUACACAGAUAGAUCACCCGAUCCUUCUCUGUCGGGGGGCUGCGACCAGAUCGGCAGCCCUGAAGAUGAACUGGAUUUCUCUAUCCUGUUUGAUUACGAUUACCCCAUCCCCGUAGAAGAAGAACCGACUCCUUCACAUAAAAUCAUCAGCCCACCUGGAGUUGCGUAUCCUCAUGACGAUGGCUCCGAAUACGGCCUCAAGCCAUACAGUCUUCUGGCUUGUCGCAGGCCCUCUGCAGAUCCCAUGGCCAGAUAUGAACAGACAGAUAGUGUAGGGUCAAAAUAUUUCUUGGACCCGCUAAAGGCUGCUGGGGCUCCAGCUUUGAGUCCAAGGAUUGAGAUCACGCCAUCUGAGCUGAUGCACUCAGGGGGUUCAUUCCGCAUCAGAGAUUCAGAUAUUGCGGUAGAUCACCAGCAGAACUCAGCAGCUACUAGCCCAAGAUUGCUGCCAGUCCCUGGUUAUGAGGGCUACAGGGAGCCGCUUUGCUUAAGCCCAGCUAGUAGUGGCUCAUCAGCAAGUUUCAUAUCAGAGACUAAUUUUUCUCCUUACACAUCACCAUGUGUUUCACCCAAUAGCGGUCCUAAUGAUGACCUGUGUCCACAGUUUCAAAACAUCAAUACUCAUUAUUCUCCUAGAGCUUCUCCAAUAAUGUCACCACGGGCAAGCAUCACAGACGAAUCCUGCUUGGGACCGCAUUCUCCUUCCCCUCGACCGAACUCACGGUCAUCGUCCCCUGGCUCAAAAAGAAGGUACUCUUGCGCUGAUCUCUACACUGGUCAGCAAAGCACAGUUUCUCCACGGCAGUCGAGAAGCCCUUCUCCUCAACCUACUCCUCUUCCCCACCGAAUGGAUGGCAUGAACAACCUUGUAGACCAUUCAUUCGCCGUACCAUCAAAAAUGUGGAAAACCAGCCCCGAUCCCUCACCAGUGUCAGCCCACAAGACUGUGCCAUGCCACCUUUAUCCAAGUGACGAGUACCUGGGGAGUUAUGAGCAGGAGGAGAGGAAGAAUUCAGAUCCUGGUUCAAUCUUACUAAUGCCACCAACUUGGCCUAAGCCUCUUGUUCCGACGAUGCCUUAUUACAGCAUUCCCGUUGCUUCUCUACCUUCCCUUGAGUGGCCAUUGACGAGUCAAGUUGGAUCUUACGAACUUCAGAUUGAAGUGCAGCCCAAGCCACACCAUCGUGCGCACUAUGAGACUGAAGGUAGCCGCGGGGCAGUGAAAGCCACGACUGGAGGCCAUCCAGUGAUUCAGCUUCAUGGGUACAUGGAGAACAAGCCUCUGGGCCUUCAGAUCUUCAUCGGGACAGCAGACGAACGCAUUCUCAAACCGCACGCCUUCUACCAAGUGCACCGUAUUACCGGGAAAACAGUAACCACCACCAGCUAUGAGAAGAUUAUUGGGCACACAAAAGUCCUUGAGAUACCUUUGGAACCCAAGAACAACAUGAGAGCCACGAUUGACUGCGCUGGAAUCCUGAAACUGAAAAAUGCCGACAUUGAACUGAGAAAAGGAGAAACCGACAUCGGGAGGAAGAACACGAGGGUUCGCUUGGUCUUCCGAGUGCACAUCCCAGAAGCCAACGGCCGGAUUGUGUCUCUGCAGGUGGCUUCCAACCCGAUUGAAUGCUCCCAAAGAUCUGCUCACGAGCUUCCGCUGGUGGAAAGACAAGAUAUUGAUAGCUGCCUGGUGUAUGGUGGACAGCAGAUGAUCCUCAGUGGCCAGAACUUCACAGCAGAGUCCAAAGUAGUCUUCACAGAGAAGACCCCAGAUGGGCAACAAAUUUGGGAGAUGGACGCAACAGUGGAUAAAGAUAAGAGCCAACCGAACAUGCUUUUUGUAGAAGUCCCUGAAUAUCGGAACAGACACAUCAAUGCUCCAGUGAAAGUCAAUUUCUACGUCAUCAACGGCAAAAGAAAGCGCAGUCAGACCCAGCACUUCACGUACCAUCCAGUGCCAUCUAUUAAAACCGAGCCAGUUGAUGAAUAUAAUCAGCCGAUCCUGGGAAAUAAUGUACACGGUGGUCUUGCGACAGUGUCACCAAGUUACUAUUCCCAGCAUUCGUUGGGCAACGAGUCUCCAUCUUGCUUGAUCACCAACUUGGUUUCAUGUCAACACGUGCGUACAAAUCUGCCCCCAGAGUCCCCAGAGUCCAGAUAUCACCAGCAGAAUUCCCCAGCAAAUCUUUACCAAAGGAGCAAAAGCCUGAGUCCAACUCAGUUAGGGUACCGUCAACCACCCCUUAUGGCCCCACAAAUCUCCGUUCCAGAUUCUCACAGAUCCGUUCUUGUCCACGCUGGAUCUCCCAUCCAAUCUUCCACCGUUCUCCAUUCUCCAGCCAAUCCACAGCCAUCCCCCGUAAUCCAUUAUUCACCAACCAACCAUCAGAUGAGGUGUGGCAGUCAUCAGGAUUUCCAGCACAUAAUGUGCUCCGAUCAUUUCGCAUCAAGCCCCACGCGAGCAAGUCAACCACUGGUCAGCCAAGCACAGAGAAUAAGCCCAGGUCCAUACCCAACCGUCAUACAACAACAACAACCAAACAGCCACAGAGCAUCAAAAAACGGACCUCCUGGAUCAGAACAAAAGGAAAUCUUACCAACUGGAGUCACCGUUAAACAAGAACAGAAUCUGGAUCAGGCCUAUCUGGACGAUGAGCUGAUAGAUACAAACCUUAGCUGGAUACAAAACAUAAUUUGAGACAGAGUGACAGUGAUCUAUGAGUCAAGAAAUGAAAGUAAAAGUUAAUGAAAUUAUCAGGAAGGAGUUCUCUGGCCUGCCUUCCAGAAAUCAAAUAUAGAGGACCGGAUCCGCUAGACAACUUUUACUGAAUGCUUCCACCUCUGACCUCCUCGUAUCUUUCGGCUUGUCCAACCACCUUCUGUUUCCUCCCCUUCCAUCGCAAGAAAUCCAUUUCAACGCAAGAAACAAUAUACUGGCACACAAUCUGCUUUGGCAGUUUUUUCGCAGCUAAUCAAAUCGUUCCUGUAAACAUCAAAGCGACACUCUUCCUUUUUGGUCGUAAGACUUAUUGUUCUGUCAUAAUAAAUGUGUAACAAAAGGAACAUUAAGCAGAGGGAAGGUCUAUGAGAAAUGUCCAUUCUAAAGUGGGGUCCAAAUAAAGUAAUAUAUAUAUAUAGAAUUGUCAUUAAUCUUCUAUUGUUCUUUGAACUUAAAGCAGGUCUUCAAACAUCUAAAGCGGACUGCAAUUGUGUUCCUCAAAUCGGAAAUAGAGGCUAAGGGGAGCAUUUAAAGGCUCUCGUAGUGUAAAUAUAGUUCCUGGCUGUCAAAAAGAGAAAAAACAAAACAGAAAGGUCCUCUUUGUCUCAUCUGUGCUCUUCAACAACCAACAAAGCCGACAAUUAUACCUUUAGAAACUCUGGAUCGUAGCAAGGCUUGUGUCUUCUAAAAAAAAAGAAAGCCACCAUUCCAAAUAGAAUUAUUCCCCAACAAACUAGUUUUUGGAUCGUAAAUCCAAAGAAAUAGCUUUAGCUGCAAGGUUAAGUUUCAGUAGGACAUUUAGAAGGUUGAGG